UGCAUCCUGCAGUUUCUGCUCCUUUUACUUUUGUUGUUGUAUCUCCAUUGUUUUUUCCACUUCUAUCAACUUCUUUACCCUAAACGAAGCAGCUGCACAUCAUCUAAGAAAAUAUUUUCACCCAGAAAGCAUCGCCUAUAUGUAGAGUUUAAGAAGCUUAAUUAUCCGUAUCUUAUAGUACUGUCGAUGCUAUAUUAUAUAUAUUGCAUGUUGAUCUCACCACAUUAUUAUAUUGUAUUUUUAUUGGGUUCCUCCUCCACAUGCCCCAUCCUGUUCGUGCGGCAUGAAAUAUUGUGAGACCUUGAACCUCUAAAUGAUUACCGAUGGAUUAACUUGUUUCUUUUGCAUGUGAAGCUGCCGAUUCCACAAGCAUAUACCAGCUCAUCUUCUCCAUCACGACCGAUAACCCCAUCAUUGCAACGAACCCCGAUUUUGGAUGGAUUUUCGCCCUCUAACUGCUUCUGGAACACGAUAGUGCUAUUUCUGGUUUGCUUCUGGCCCUACUCGAUUUCUUCUUGCAAACCCCAAUUCGUUGCUUGUGCGGGACAUUGCCGGCUGUCUCUGGAUCUUGAUCUAGCUUCCAAGUUUUGAAAUCCACAAUCACAAGAAGAUGCGACCAGGAUCUUGCGGAGAGUCGUUCGUGCAAGUUCCUUGAACAACGAUCUCAUCGUCUUCAGUGAAGCGAGAAAAUGGGCAAGAAAACGAGCCUCUUGAUAACUUUGUCAGCAGCCUUCAUCACUGGGGCAAUUUUCGUGAGUGUUGGUGCUGAGCCAGUGGAAGAUAAAAAAGCGUUGCUUGAUUUUUAUCGCAAUAUCGGUCACUCUCAUCCUCUCAACUGGGAUGAGAAUUCUUCUGCAUGCAAAAGCUGGAGAGGAGUGUUCUGCAACAGUAAACAAUCCAGAGUCGUAGCCCUCCAUUUACCAGGAGCUGGGUUGAGCGGUCCAUUCCCAUCUAAUACUCUUGGUCGUCUUUCAGAACUACAUACUUUGAGUCUUAGAUCCAAUAGAAUAACGGGUCCUUUUCCUUCUGAUUUCUCUGAGCUUAAAAAUUUGAGUUAUGUUUAUCUCCAAUUCAACAAGUUUUCCGGUCCACUGCCAUCGGAUUUUUCAGGUUGGAAUAAUCUUAUUGUUAUCAAUCUAUGCAAUAAUUCUUUUACUGGAAGCAUCCCUUCGUCCAUUUCAAAAUUGACUCAUCUCACAUAUUUAGUCCUAGCAAACAACUCGCUUUCAGGGGAAAUUCCUGACCUCGAUAUCCCUAGCCUAAAAGAGCUAAAUUUAGCCAACAACCACCUUAGUGGGGUUGUGCCUAAAUCCCUUGAGAGAUUUCCAGGUUCAGCUUUUGCUGGUAACGACAAUCUUACAACAGAAAAUGCAAUUCCUCCGGCAAUGCCACUUCAGCCGCCAAAUGCUCCUCCGAGAAUGAAAACCAAACUAAGUGAACCUGCAUUAUUGGCUAUAAUCAUUGGUGGCUGUGUGCUAUUAUUUCUGGUGAUUGCAGCUUUCUUGCUUAUCCGCAGCUAUCAGAAAGGAGAUGAAGAUUUGCCACCAGUGAAGUCAAAGAAAAAGGAAGAGUCUCUGAAAAAAGAAGCAUCUGAAACUGAAAGUCAGGACAAGAACAAGAUUGUGUUCUUUGAGGGUCGCAAUCUUGCCUUUGACCUGGAAGACCUGUUGAGAUCAUCUGCCGAGGUACUAGGAAAAGGAACUUUCGGGACCACAUACAAGGCUGCUCUAGAUGAUGUAACCACGGUGGUGGUGAAGAGAUUGAAGGAAGUUGUGGUCGGAAAACGUGAGUUUGAACAGCAGAUGGAGGUGGUGGGGAGGAUUAGGCACGAUAAUGUGGUUCCAUUAAGGGCAUACUAUUAUUCCAAGGAAGAGAAACUUAUGGUGUAUGAUCACUUCGAACAGGGUAGCGUUUCUGCAAUGUUACAUGGUAGGAAAGGGGAAGGCAGGGCUUCUUUAGACUGGGAUAGCCGGCUGAGAAUUGCGAUCGGUGCAGCAAGAGGGAUGGCUCAUAUCCACACACAACAUGGAGGGAAACUAGUACAUGGGAACCUAAAAGCCUCAAACGUCUUCUUAAACUCGCAAGGAUAUGGUUGUGUAUCUGAUGCAGGCUUGGCGACAUUAACAAGUUCAAUGGCCUUACCAGCACAGAGAACCGGAGGGUACCGUGCACCGGAAGUAACAGACAUGAGAAAAGCGAGCCAUGCGGCUGACAUAUACAGUUUUGGGGUGCUGGUGCUUGAGCUUCUGACCGGGAAAUCACCCAUACAUGCCACAGGGAGUGAGGAGGCGGUGCACCUGGUUAGGUGGGUGAAUUCAGUGGUGAGGGAGGAGUGGACGGCGGAGGUGUUUGACGUUGAGUUACUGAGAUAUUCGAAUAUUGAGGAAGAAAUGGUAGAUAUGUUGCAGAUAGGGAUGGCAUGCGCGGUGAGGGUGCCAGAACGGAGACCAAAAGUGCAACAUGUUGUGAGGAUGUUGGAGGAAGUUCGUAAAGUGAAUACCGGGACCCAAUCAUCCACGGAAGCUUCCACACCGACCCCACAAGCAAUUAUUGACGUACCUUCUUCUUCCUCUGUUCGGCAAUAAGAUUCUUUCGUCUUUAGUCAAUUGCUGUUCAGAUGUAUGCAAGUUUAAUUUCAUCUGCGAAGGGAAAAAAAUUGUUGAUUGUUGUCCACUCUCUCAAUGGAUGCGUGUUCAGCAGCCAAAUCUAGCUGGAAUCAUUGUCAAGGAGGUCAGUUGACGUACUCCAGCAAAAUGAAAGAUUAUUCUUCUACUUUCCUGGUCUCUCGGCCAUUACAAAUAGCUUGUCAUUUUUUAAGAACAGUCCACUGAGUGAUCCUACUUCUUGGGAUGCCAGUUCUUGAGAAUAUUAUGGUCGUUGUUCUCAAGUCGCUUGGUCAAUGAAAUUUGAAACCAUUUAAGAACAUGAGAAGCUUGCUGCUCAAACUAAUCAAGUUACCAACUUUAGUGGGAAUACGGGCCUAGCCCUUCGGAUUGGCUUGUUCAAGCCCGUUUAACAAGAGGGCUGAACUUGUAAUUAAAACUCUUGAAAUGUAAUUUGAGUUGAAAUGUGUUGAGGGCCAAUCUAUUUAAGGCCACGUAA